AAUUAGCAUUAUGUCAACGCAGGAUGAACAAGGUCAAUUCAGUGAUGCUGAUGAGGAUCAAAUAUCAUUAGCAAAAUGUAAAGGACAACCGCUAUUUCAGUGUGAACUCUCUAAAGAUAUAGAUAAGUUAUAUAUAUCAAAUAGUGAAGAAGAAGAUAUGGAAGAAGAUGAUGAUUUGGAUGAGAAUAGUUUUCUUUGGAAUAUAGAUCAGAAGAAAACUGGAUCAAAGAAUAUUAUAAAGAAUAUUCAAACCCAAAAUAUCAAUACUCAAAAUAUUUCCAAGAAGAUUACAAACUAUCAACCAUCAGAUAAACUGUUUCGUCGUUAUGCAAAUAAAAUCAGUAUGGAAAAAUAUGAAGGCCCAUCUUUACCAGUGCAUGCAGAAAAUCUUCUGAUUGAAAAUGAUAAACGCAUAGAAAAAGAUAGACUCAGAACUAAAGACAAGCAUGAUCGUGCAACUGUUGAACAAGUUUUGGAUCCUCGUACAAGAAUGAUACUAUUUAAGCUUUUAAAUCAGGGUAUAAUUGCAGAGAUUAAUGGGUGUAUCUCAACAGGGAAAGAAGCCAAUGUUUACCAUGCAAUUUCAAAGACAGGCAUAGAAUUUGCUAUAAAAAUAUAUAAAACGUCAAUUUUACAAUUCAAAGAUCGAGAUAAAUAUGUCACUGGAGAAUUUCGUUUUCGUCAUGGAUAUUGUCGGCAUAAUCCCCGUAAAAUGGUACGAACAUGGGCUGAAAAAGAAUUUCGAAACUUGAUACGUCUUCAACAAGGAGGAGUAAAUGCUCCAAAACCAAUUUUGCUGCGUAGUCAUGUGCUACUAAUGGAUUUCAUUGGCACUAAUGGCUGGCCAUCUCCUAAACUAAAAGAUGUUGUACUUGCUUCUUCAAAACCAAGAAAAUUAUAUAGAGAAUGUAUUGAAAUAAUGUGGAAAUUAUAUAAUAAAUGCAAGCUUGUGCAUGCUGACUUAAGCGAGUAUAAUAUGCUAUAUUAUAAUGGGUCUAUAGUGAUAAUAGAUGUAUCUCAGGCAGUUGAACACGAUCAUCCUAUGGCAUUUGAAUUUCUUAGAAAGGAUUGUACAAAUAUAACUGAAUUUUUUAAGAAGAAUGAAGUGGGUGUGAUGACUGUUAAGGCGCUAUUCGACUUUAUAACAGAUCCGACUGUAACUGAAGAGAAUAUGGAUAAUUAUUUAGAUAAAAUAUCAGAGCAAAUGACACAGAAAAAUGAACAGUACAUUGAUUCCGUACAACAAAUUGAAGAACAAGUUUUUAAGCAAGCUUACAUUCCUCAAAAUUUAACUCAGGUCAUUGAUAUUGAACGCGACAUAAAGCUUGCUAAGUCUGGAAAGGAAAAGUUAAUAUAUAAAACCCUUGUUGGCUUAAAAGCUGACUUGUCCAAGCCUAUUGAUACUCCUGAAAUUCUCGCCAGAGACUAUGAAACCAACGGUGUUAAGGAAAUGAUCGAUUCGUCUGAAGAAAUUGAUAAUUCUGACGAAAACGAUGAAGACAGUGAAGAAGAAAAUCUAGAGGAAAGCGAAUCGAAGUUCGUAAGUUCGGCUCGGCCUCGAAACGAGAGUCCGGAAAGUAAAAAAGCGCGAAAAAAAGCCGUGAAGGAACAGCAAGCCGAGAAAAGGAAAGCUAAAAUGAAGAAACAUAUAAAAAAACGGAAGGAAAAAGUGCUGAAGAAAAAGUAA